AUGGCCAAUUUACCUGAUUCAAUUCGAUCAAAAAUUGAUCAAGUUGAACAUGCUUUUAAUAUAUCAUCAACUAUAUUUGAAAAAUAUACGAAAAUAUUUAUUGAAAUAUUUGGUGGAAAUCAAUAUAAAUUAAUUUAUUCCGAUUAUCAAUAUAAAAGAACAUCAAAUCAAAUAAAUCCUAAAUUAAAUACAAAAAAUAAAUUACAUAAAUGUUCACAUCAGGAUUUAUAUUCACUUAUAUGGACAAUAUACGCAUUAGCUAAAACAAUUUAUCCAUCAACUAUAAAUGAUCUUAUUGCUUCAUUUCAUUUACUUCUUCUUUUUCUUUUAUUUAUGAUUAUGUCAAAUUAG